GGGGCGGGCCACCAUCAGAGGGCGCCGUAGCGGUGGCGGGAGGUGUGUCCCGCCGAGCCGGACCUGAUCAGGGUUCGCGUUCUUCCCGGGCCGGGCUAGGCCCCGCCUGUCGCGCCGCGGAAGUGUACGGGAGCCGCCGCCGCCGCCAGGACAAUGGUGCUUUGUUUUCUGAGCAGAACACUGCAACUAGCAAGACAUUCAUCCAGUCCACUGGGGAGACAACUCUGUUCAGCCAGCGCAAAUAAGCCAGUGUUGACUUUAUUCACCAAGAAACCAUGCCCACUAUGUGAUGAAGCAAAAGAAGUCCUUGAGGCACAUAAGAGAAGGUUUGUUUUACAGGAGGUGGAUAUUACCCUUCCAGAGAACUCGGCAUGGUAUGAUAAAUACAAAUACGACAUACCUGUUUUUCAUUUAAAUGGGAAGUUCCUAAUGAAGCAUCAAGUAGACAUUCAAAAGUUUGAGGAUGAGCUUACAAAGCUGGAGUUGCAAAAUGAUGGAAACCAGUGAAGAAAAUGCAGCCACUCUGGUAUGGAUCUGAAAGGACUGUGCAUCAUGAACUGUGGGAAAAAGCAGUAUUUGUUAUCUGGCCUUGUGUUUCUUAGAACAUAUGGUACCAGCAUCCUAAAAAACUUGAGUGACUUCUGUUCUAUUUUGUAUUAAUAAUGCAGCCCAGCUGCACCAGCAACAACCUUUUCUGUACCAUUCACUUGGUGCUGUCCUGGGCUGGCUUUUAUUGACAGAAUAAACGCUGCUCCAUAACAGCAGAUGAAAUGAAAUGU